AUGUACGACUUUUACUUUUCACGACCUGUUGCCUCCCGAGUAAUUGUAUUCCAGCCGUACACUGUUGGUGAUUGGAUGGAAGAUAUCAAGCUCGCUGCGUCCCAAGAUCUCGACGGCUUCGUCCUGAACGUAGGCCCAGAAUCAUGGCAACAAGCACGCGUUGCGGAUUGUUUCACUGCCGCCUCUCAACUUUCCGAAUCGACCAACUUUCGCUUUUUCUUCAGUUUCGAUAUGAGCUCAAUCCCCGGAACCACAGCCCAAGACGUCCAUCUCCUCAAAGCGUACUACGCCCCCUUUGCGAAGAACCCUCGUAUGUUUAAGCACCCACGUUCAGGUGGAGUGGUCGUUUCUACGUUCUCGGGAGAGAAUAGUACGUUCGGCCAGGGUUCCAUGGAGAAAGGCUGGGCUUAUGUUAAAGCUACUUUGGGCGCCAUAACUCCGGUAUACUUCGUCCCUUCACUAUUCAUAAACCCCGCGCGAUACCCAAGAAUCGCGGCUCUUGAUGGGGCAUUCAACUGGAACGGUGGCUGGCCAAUUGAACUCACCCCCACUCACCCACGCGAACAAAUCGUCAACGCGAAGCUCGAUUCCGACGCCGUACAUAUCCGGAAUUUGACGGGCGGGCGGACGUUCAUGGCUGCUGUGUCGCCGUGGUUCUUCACUCAUUACGGGCCUGAUUCUUGGAAUAAGAACUGGAUAUAUCGUGGAGACGAUUGGCUGUUUGUGAGGCGGUGGGAACAGUUGAUAGCGAUGAGGGACCGCGUUGAUAUCGCGCAGGUUAUUUCUUGGAAUGAUUAUGGCGAGUCACAUUAUAUAGGACCCAUUAAAGGUGCCCAACCAAAUUCCCAAGCAUGGGUCGAUGGCUACCCGCACGAAGCCUGGCUCCGACUUAAUAGCUACUUCGCUCGCGCAUUCAAGGAAGGAACGUACCCUACCAUCACGAAGGACGAGAUAUACCUCUGGGGCCGGCCCCAUCCCAAAGCCACGGGUUCAGCUGACCACGUUGGGCGUCCAAAGAAUUGGGAAUUGACUGACGACUUGCUUUGGGCCGUCGUAUUUGCUACUGCGCCAGCUACGGUGGAGUUGUACACCACGGAGACGCGUAAACACACAUUCAGCGUCGCGCCGGGGAUGACGAAGCUUUCGUGCCCUCUUAAAGCAGAUGGGGGGAUGAAGGCGACGAUGAUUAGGGAUGGGGAGGUUGUGGCGAGUUGUAGUCCUGUUGGGUAUCGGUUUGAGAGCAGGCCUGGGGUGUAUAAUUUCAAUGUGGUUGUAGCGGUGUCGGCGUGA